AUGCUUCGUGUUUUCAUAACCGGCUCCUCGGAUGGACUGGGAUCCUUGACAGCGCAGCGUCUGGUGCGUCACGGUCACCAAGUGAUGCUACACGCCCGCAAUUCACAAAGGGCACAAGACGCCCUGGCAGCGUGCCCCGGGGCGGCCGGAUGCCUGGUGGGUGAUCUCUCGGACCGCGCACAGAUCCUGAAGCUGGUGCAUGAGAUCAAUCAAGAGGGCCCCUUUGAUGUGGUGGUCCACAACGCCGGGCUGUACACGGGGGGGUACCGGCGCACCCAGGAGGGUUGGCCCAGCAUCUUUGCCGUCAACACCCUGGCUCCCUAUAUUCUCUCCUGCCUAAUCGAACCACGGCCUCUGCGGCAUGUCUUUAUCUCCACCAUUUUCCCCAAUGCCGCUGACCCCUCUUUGUACGACCUCACCUGGCGCGCCCGCGGGGAGCAGGACUUUCCCGACAUCCAGGCCUACUGCGAUACCAAGCUUCACGUCUGCCUAAUGGCCGCAGCUCUAGCACGGCGCUGGCCGUCCGUGCGUGCCAAUUCUCUUGACCCCGGCUGGGUCGCCACCAAGCUGGGCGGUUGGAACGCCACAGGGGACCUGGAGGCGGGAAUCGCCACCUAUAUCACGCUGAUCGAGGGCAAAGGGGACACCAAUGCCGUCUCCGGUCGGUACUGGCGUCACAGCAAGGUGCAGCCCCUUCCCAUGGCUGAGGUUGGGGAUGUUGCGGUUCAAGAGCGCCUGCUGGGCGAGUUGGAGCGAAUCACCAGGAUUAGGGCCUCUGACAAAGUGAUACCUCGUUUUGCCCCUUCUCCGCUCGAGGCUUGUGCCAAGUGA